ACACCCCAUUAGAUACUCAUACUGUAAUAGCAGUCUUACUACUGCAUUACAGCAGCGGAGGAAAGACAGCAGUGGAUUUCUUCAAGGUCUUCUUUUGACGUGUUCAGCUGGUGUGUUUAGCAUCCAUGGACUCUGCGGACUCGAUGAUCAACCCCAAAUGGAGACCCAAGGACCUUGAUGCUGUUCAACAUGUUGAGAUCCAUCCUACUGAUAUCUUCCUCAUCACUUACCCGAAGUCAGGCACAGUGUGGAUGCAGCAGAUUCUGGUGCAAAUCAUGGAGGCUGCACAACCUGAUUGGGCAGAAGAUGAAACCAAUAGGAUCCGAGUUCCUUGGCUGGAGGGGAGACUUAUAGAAGACCCUUUUCGAGAAAGACCAAAUCCUCGGCUCUUUCGCUCCCAUCUGCGGGUUGGCAUGUUGCCCCUUGGAGUGAAAGAAAAGCAAAUCAAGAUUGUGUAUGUUUGGAGGAACCCCAAAGACGUCCUGGUGUCAUAUUACCACUUUGCUCAAAGUUGGGUCUUGAUGGAAACACCUCGGAGCUUUGAGGAUUUCUUUCUGCAGUUCCUGGAUGGUUACAGUUACAUGGGAUCAUGGUUUGAUCACGUGAGGGAAUAUUAUGCAACACGAGACCAACUGAACAUCCAUUUUGUGCAGUAUGAGAACAUGCUGAAGGACCUCAGAGGAGAAGUUGUGAAGAUUUGUGCUUUCCUGGGAAAAGACUUGACAGAUGAAGCCAUCGAUCAUGUUGUGGAGAUGUCCACAUUCAAAAACAUGAAGACCAACCCCAAAGCAAACUACAAGGACUUAGUUGAAGGCAUUCAAUAUAAGACAGACACCAUGCGAAAAGGUGUGGCAGGUGACUGGAAGAAUUUGUUCACCGUGGCCCAAAAUGAACAUUUUGACAAAGUGUUCAAGGAGAAGAUGAGUGACUUUCAUCUGACCUGCACCUGGGAGAUGACACAGUAGCUCCUCUUAAAUUCAGCUCAGCUCUUAAGUGAUCAGAGGAUCCCUCAACAUGAGCUCAGGCACAACAACAGUGACCACUCAGGGAUCCUUUCUACACUUGCUUCUCCCACUGAUCAGAUCAUUGAUUUUGACUUGUUUUCUGAAACAUUUUUAUUGUUGAGAUAUCUGAUUAUUCAGAUUUUCGAUUAUUAUAAGCAGCACAUGUGGUUGUAUUGCUCACAUCAAAAUAAAAGUGAAGCAUAUAUAUAUA